AUGACUGGCCUCCAUCUCCAUGACGAGCGCGCCACCAGCGAACCCCGGAGAUCCAAGCGUUCCAGGCCGGAGGCGACGGCGGCGGAGCCUCCGGCACGCCGGACCAAGCGCGCCGAGGGCCAAGUUCCUCUGCGCAAGCGCGAGUCUCCGAGGUUUGCGCGACCACCCCGCCCCCUGGACUCGGACUCGGAGAGCGCGGUCGCGUCGCCUCCUCCUCCUGCUCCUCCAGCACGCGGCGCUGAGACCCCGGCUCCUCCGCCCAAGCGUCAAGCUGAGAGGGUUUCGCGACCAUCUUCGCCCCCUCCCGGCCAUCGGGAUUCGGAGGAUGUGGCCGUGGCUCCUCCUCCCGCGCGCCGCGUGAAGGCCCCGGCUCCUCCGCCCAAGACUGAGUGGCAUCGCAUCUCCUACAGACUCCGCAACCGUGUCGUCCAGGAUACCGGCAACCUCAAGCCCGCUCCCAGUCGCCACGACAACGGGUUUAGUGCUUCUGUUCUACUCUAUGUGAUAAUACCAUCCAGUGUUAACUCGAUAGAAAUUAAGCAUGAUCUAACAUGGCAAACUCCGACGUGUCCACGUGUGGCUUUGGAACACUACAACGACAUGAAUCAGGUGAUCCCAAAAACAUUGGUGGUUGUAGCCUGUGCUAUGAGAAUAUCAUGCAUCCUGCUGGGGGUGGAUACCACGGUGCCCAACCUCGAUCUGUUCGACAUGCUCCUGGUGGCCUACAGAUUUCAUUCAAGUUCUGAAUGUUGGAAACGGUAG